CCCCAAAACAAAACACCAAACCAAAACCAACAAUGCAAAAGGCCAAGAAGUUCGACAUUGAGGACUCCAACAUUGCCCUCCUCGGCUCCAGCCUUGACAAGGACGCCCGCAAGGCCGCCGCUGCCAAGGAGCCCGCUUGGAACAACGCUGGCAAGAAGGCUGGCGUCCAGGUCUGGCGCAUUGAAAAGUUCCAGGUCAAGGAGUGGCCCGCCAACCAGCACGGCCAGUUCUACUCUGGGGACUCGUACAUUGUCCUCAAGACGUACGUCAAGGACCCCGCGAACAACCCCGACAAGCUGAGCUGGAACAUCCACUUCUGGAUUGGCGAGGAGUCCUCGCAGGACGAGUACGGCACUGCUGCCUACAAGACUGUCGAGCUUGACGACCACCUCGGCGGCGAGCCCGUCCAGUUCCGUGAGGUCCAGGGCUUUGAGAGCCCCGACUUCCUCCAGAUCUUCCCCAAGAUUGAGCUCCUCAAGGGUGGCGUCGAUUCUGGCUUCCGCAAGGUCAAGCCCGAGGAGUACAAGCCCCGCCUGCUGCACAUCAAGGGAAAGAAGAGCGUUGUCGUUCGCGAGGUCGAUCUGGCCCGCGGCUCGCUCAACUCUGGCGACGCCUUCAUCCUCGACAACGGCCUGACCCUGUACCAGUUCCACGGCGCUAAGGCUGGCAUCCUCGAGAAGCAGAAGGCUGCCCAGCUCGCUCGCGAGAUUGACGCCGACCGCAGCGGCAAGCCCGUCGUUCACGUCGUUGAGGAGUCCGACCCCAGCGACUCGAAGGCCAAGGAGUUCUGGGGCCUGCUCGGCGGCGUCGGUCCCAUCAAGACCGCCGAGGAGGGUGGCUCGGACGACGCCCCCAAGGGCGAGAAGAAGCUCUUCCGUCUCUCGGACGCCACUGGCAAGCUCACCUUCACCGAGGUCAAGCCCGUCGCCCGCAAGUCGCUCGACACCUCGGACGUCUUCAUCCUUGACGCCAUCAACGCCAUCUACGUCUGGGUUGGCAAGAAGACCACCGACAACGAGCGCGCCAACGGCAUGAAGUUUGCUGCCCAGUACCUGAUCGACUUCAACCGCCCCAAGGCCCUCCCCAUCUGCCGUAUUCUCGAGGGUGGUGAGACCCAGACCUUCGAGGGCUCGUUCUAAAUGCAAACGCGCCAGUUGUUUGUCUGCUUGUCGAUAGUUUGUAUUUGGGGGACGUGGUCUGCUUGACUGAGUUUUGUGGCAUGCGUGAAAAAGGUGUUUUGUGUUUUUUUUUUCUUCCCGCCCAGCUGCAUGAAUACAGUCAACCGUUCGGUGUAAAAAAAAAAAACAAGAUGCGCA